UGAACAUGGCGGGAGUGAAAUGAAACUGUAUUUGAAAAGAACUUACACCCUAAAUGUCACAUAUUCCAUUCCUUAUUAUGACUACUGAUGUGCACUGUUGAAUCGAUGAAACAGCGUAAAGUCGUCGCUCUGCUCAAACUUAAAUGUUCUCGUAAAUUAUGUGUAUAUGUAGUAAACUAUUAUUGAAUGAAGUUAAUUUAAAUUGUCAGUUUGACUUUGACAGCACACGGACCGACCGAGGACACUACACAAUGUCUGCAUCAUUACUAAAUUGCAGUAGUCUCAUCCAAGCCAAGGCUAAUCAAUUGACAGUGCCCGAUCUUUCAGGGGAAGAUGACAAUGUCGUCUCUGCACAGUUCUCCCCGCUGUCUGGAAAUAAAAAUGCACAGUACUUUUGUGUGGAUAUAAAUCAAAUGGCUGAUGAUGCAUGUAUUGGAUUUGGAAUCAGUGAAGAGCCUGAGCUGAGGGAUGAGAGUGAUGAUGAAGAUGGGGAUGAUGGUAUAGCAAGAAGAUCAAAGAGAAGAGAGACUGAUGGAGUGGCUUAUUUCAGCGAUACAGGACAUAUUGUUAGCUGUCAACGUGUGCAUAACAGUUAUCACAGGGGAAAGUACAAGAAAGGUGCAUCAGUCGGUGUGUUCCCAGAGUAUGUAACGGACAAAAGAUCACUUGUGACGUUUUUCCGAGAUAACCGACCUUUGCACAGACAGUGGGUUUCAUUGGCACCAUCUUCACUACGUCCCACAUUAAACGCAUGGUGGGGGCCGAUAGAAGUAACAUUUCAAAAAGGUCCUGCCCCCCAACUUGAACAGGACAAUUUAUCCCAUUGGCUUUUAGACAAGACUUUACGUGUUAGUGACGACAGACAACUAUCGUUAAAUGAUGAUAUCAUGGUGGCGCCAAGUACAGCUAGGGCUCCUUGUCCAUUGAAUAAUGAGUAUUUUGAGAUCACGAUGGAAUCAGUCGGCCCUCUAUCAGCUGAGGACGUUCCUAUCUGCAUUGGUCUUACUUCAGCCGAGGUGUCAUCGCAUACCAUUCCAGGAACAGUGACAGAGUCAGUUGGUUACCAUGGUGAUGAGGGAAAAAUAUACAACAGCGAUGAUGACAUUGGUAAGUCUGUUUAG